AAUAAAUGUAUCAGUCAAUAGAACCAGUGAACACCAUCACAAACUUGAUGUUUCAGGGUCGAUAACUAACAUUAACACGACCAGUGAAAUGAAGAGUGAGCUCCCCGUAGACCGAGGAUGGGCGUGGGUGAUUUGUUUCGCGAGCUUCAUGUGUUUCCUCCUCUCCGGGCUCGGCAUGCAGUCGCUGUCCGUCCUUUUCCUGGAGCUGGUCAUUGAGUUCCAGACCAGCUACACCACGACGUCCUUCAGCAUCAUGGUCCUGGUCCUAAGUCUCAGCCUGGCAUCCAUCAUCUCCGUGAGUGUUCUCGUGCCACGCUUCGAUGAACGCAAGGUCACUGUCGUGGCCGGGGUGGUCUACUCCGCCUGCUUCAUUGGCUACUCGGUGGCACCGAACAUUGGCAUCUUCAUUACCUUCUCGGCCGUACAAGGUCUAGCUAUCGGAUCCAUGUUCGUCCCAAACAUCAGCAUCCUAGGCGCCUACUUCUCCAAGCGUCGGUCCCUAGCCAUCAGUAUAGGCAACAGCGGGAUAUGUGUGGCGAGCAUCGUGGGGCCACCCUUCAUCCGCGCCCUAGUGGGCCACUAUGGGAUGCGGGGGGCGUUCCUCAUCCUGUCCGCCAUUGAGCUCCAUAUGGUAGCUGUGGGCUUACUGCUGCGGCCGGUUUCCUCCUACAGCAAACUCCAAGCUGCGGGCCCAGAUUCUGUAUUACUAAAUCAAAAUGUAAAUGAGACAAAAACUAAAUCCGAAGAUAUCAAAGAGACCGAUCAAUCCCAAGCUGAACAAAACCUCACAGUUGACAUGAAAAACAAAAAAAAUCUGGGCGGCUCAGACGCAGAAAAACAGCAACUGAUCUUCUCAACUACAGAAACAACACAACCGUCUUCCCCGGUUUCAAACGCUGAAGAUUCAAACUUUUCUCAAAUAGAUUUUGAUAUGGAAUUUUCCCCAAACAAAAAACGUCAUUUCCGCCGAAAUGACAGCACAGUGAGCGAAAUUCUCCCCAGGGAAAAACCCCUCUACUCACGUAAUGUGUCAACACGUUCUUCAACACGAGGCUCUAUAAAAAGGCUCGUUCGCCAGCAAAGCCUCCAACAAAAUGGCGACUCCAAGCGUCUGAAUGGGAGCGUGAUGAGUAUCGCCAGUAACAUGGAGGUGGUGGCUGUGGCGGUGGACGUCGCGCCCAGUGACGUCACGCCGCGAGCUGAUGAACGCAAGGGCAAAUCGUGGAGGGACUGCUGUUGUAUCAAAAUUGUUAGAAACAUUUUUGACCCGGCGUUGUUCAAACAAUGGGCCUUCAUCGUGUUUUUAAUAACCAGUGUACCAGGGGCGACAAACCAGUACCUGUUCCAGUACAUUCCAACAAUAGCUGUGAUCAAAGGGGCAACGAAUGACCAGGGGGCCACACUCUUGACCAUCACGGGCUCUGUCGAUCUUGUGAGCCGGAUACUGGUCGGGCUAUUCGCAGACACACAACUGAUCAGGGCCACACAGAUUGUGUCAAUAGCUCAGAUUUGUUUAGGUAUCGUGUGCCACUGUAACCCUCUCUUCACCAACUUCGACACUCUGAUCGUGAUGGCGGUGCUGAUGGGUGUGUUUGUGGGGACUAGACUCUCCCUGCUGCCGCUGAUGCUGAUAGAGAUUGUGGGCAUGGGCCUGCUGGCGCGGUGUCUCAGCAUCACCGCCAUGAUCGCCACCAUCUCAGCCGCCUGCCAUGGGCCGCUACUCAGCUCCAUCGUGCAAGCCAAAGGUUCCUUCCAAAUCGUCCUCCAUUACGUGGGCACCGCCCUCAUUGUCAGCGCUAUUGGGAUCUUGAUGACGCCAUUGUUGGUGCGGCUAGAUAAAAAACAGGAAGAGAAAAAAUUACACGAAAAGCAGAAAAAUAACGGCCCAAUUUACAAGCCUAGCAGUCGAUUGUAGUGGUUGUGUUAGAAACUCGUUGAUGUUGCCUACAACUGGUG